UCCAACUCGACACUCAGGCUGAGAGUAACACCGAAUCGGGUCUGCCGAGAGUCUCUGGACUUGGACCACGGCAAGGGAGGCCCACAGCAAAACUACGACGAGUCUAGUGAGAUCUGAUUCUCGGGUGCUUGUACCCGCCGCAGUAAAUGUUGCAAAGAAACGACGUGGAGACAUUUUUUCCUUACACGUAUGUAGUCACCAGGUUCGAAAAUUACAAGCAGUGCUCAAGCUGAUGGACACAGUCUGGCGUCUCAGUGUGCAUGUGCCCUAGCGAACGGGGACACGGGAGUGUAGAUACGUAGCUAAUUGCCUGAGCCCAACAACCCACCUUCUCAAUCGGAGUGUAGCUAAGGAUGCAGUCUCCGGCAGGCCACACGGCAAUAUCCCGGUUCCAGUGAUUUCUCUCUUUGCUGGUUCAAGGCAGGUGGGAGAUCCCGUCUCGGCUUUUGCUCACUGUUGGAUCACACUGUGCUCAGUUGAAAACGGCAGAGCCUCGCGGCGCGAGACGUGGGUGAGUGUGUUCGUUGACCGCUGAGGUGUGGGAGGUAAGAAGGUAUAGGUAGCUCCGUCUGGACAGUCUACAGCGUCGAAACUGAAGUAUUCGCAGUAGCGUAGGAUUACAGGAUUAGCGGACUCCCUGGACUUUGGGGGGGGCGACAGAUUAUGCUCCCACGAGCACGACGGGCCGACACGGCUCCCAACUUGGACAAAGACUACCGGUCGAGGUUCUGCCGCGCCAAAGUGUAACUAGUCGCUGACUGGAAGCGUUCCCUCCAGCAGCAGUGCACUGGGCUCGCUCAGGCCGGACGCCAGCCGUCUCCGCGUGCAGAAAACCUCAGACCGCGACGUGAUGUGUGGGCCAAUUACCAGGCUAUGUACCCUACGGCUGCGACAUCCGGAGCCCACCAGCACAACAUCUACGGAACCUCGGCCAAUUUCUCAAUUUUCAACGUUCUGGACUUUGGAGCGGUGGGCGAUGGAAAGACGGACGACUUUAAGGCAUUUCAAAAUGCUCUCAAUGCGGCCGCAACUGGUGGAAUUGUCUUUGUUCCUCCAGGGCAGUUUGCCUUUCUUCAGAAUUCCACUCUCACAGUUCCCAGAGGAGCCACUCUCCAGGGAACAUACAGUACUGUGCCAUCGCAUGGAGUGCAUGAUGGCUCCAAACCUGAUGUUGGCUCUGUUCUCCUGCCAUCAGGAGGAAGGGGAAGUGAAGACGGUUGUUUCAUUGAGCUAUCUGAGGACACCACUGUGGCAGGGCUCACUAUAUUCUAUCCCGACCAGCUACCCCAGCAAGUCCCCCAGCCUUACCCCUGGUCGUUGUGUCUCCAUGGUAACAACGCCGCAGUAACUGACAUCGAGUGUCUAAACUGCUGGAAUGCGGUUCGGGCGGUUGCUGCAGCUCGUCAUUACAUCGCCAGAAUACAGGGGCAACCCAUUAAUACGGGCAUCUAUGUGGAUGAGACAUACGAUAUUGGACGUGUGGAAGAUGUCCAUUGGAAUCCCUGGUAUGCGAGUGAUGUGACCUUCAUGAGCUGGCAACUGUUGCACGGGCGGGCGUUUGUCUUUGCCAGAACUGACUGGGAGUAUGUCUUGAACACCUUUGCCUUUGGCUACGCCAUUGGCUACCAUUUCAUCGCCAGCAAAGAGGGUUCUUGUAAUGGAAACUUCCUGGGGAUAGGAGCUGAUAUGGCUGCCAAUGCCUCGGUCCAGGUGGAUGCCUCUGAUCCAAUGGGUAUUCUCAUCACAAACGGAGAGUUCACUGCAUUCGUCGACCCUCAAUUCGGAACACAGUAUGCAGACUCAACACAAGUGGUGAUUACAGCUGCUAAUAAAGGGGCCGUCUCGUUUUCAAACUCUGCUUUCUGGGGUCCGGCCAAUCAGAUUGCAAAGAUUAGUGGCAGUGGGACUACUUCUUUCGCUGACUGUAUAUUCAACAAAUGGGACCACGAUAAGAAGGGGAACAGUGCUAUUGAGGUAGAGAAUGCCACCGGAAGUCUGUUAGUUCGUGGAUGUGAUUUCCAGUAUCCUGCCAGUCAGGUUGAUCUUGGGUCCACCCUCAAGAAGGCAGUUAUCACUGGAAACAUCAUAUCUGGAUCGACUAACAUAACAGGGAAGGCUCUGAACACUCAGAUUGGUAUGAAUGCAGACGACAAUCCGUCUUAGUUGCAACUGUAGGUCACGUGUAUUGAAACACACCUGACCACACAUCACGUCUUGUACACAUGACAAUGACUGCGACAGUAAUGUUUUAUACACACAUGUAUAUACUUGUAUUGUAUCUUACUGUAUGGUAAAAGAAAACAUGAGCGCUGC